GAGCUCCGCACGCAGCACCGCCGAGAGGAAAAGAGCCUCCUCAGACGGGCCCCGCCUGCCGCCCCCCUCCCCACCGGCGUUCACCGCCAGCCGGACGCCCAGUGCCUCUGACGUGGGGGAGGAAGGCAGCCUGGAGCUGAAGUCCAGAGACACGGGGCAGGGCCAGCCGGGCCUGGAGAACUCGGAGUCGCUCAGUGACUCGCUGUACGACAGCCUCUCCUCCUGCGGGAGCCAAGGUUAAAGGGUGCCCCUGGAGCCCCCCUUCGCGGGAGGAGGGAUCAGCUGGUGCUGGAGGAGGAAGGCGCUGCCUGGGGCCCCCCGUGCUUCCCCCGACCCCUCAGGAGCCCGUGGCGCUUGGCACUGGGGCCGGUCAGAGCCCAUUGCUGGCACCGGGGGCCGCAGAAUCCUGCCAAGGUGUCUCAAACCACGUGCCCCCCCCACCCAACAGAGGAGCCACGGCUGGGGGCCACCACCACAUCUUCCACCCCGGACCCCUUUCCAAGCGGGCCGGAACAGACGCCUCGCCCUGGACGCAGCUCCCAGCUCCCCCCAGGCUCAUCCCCAGAGGCUGGUGCAGUGUCGCAGGGCCUGUCUGCGCCGUCGUCUCAGCUCCGGGGACGUCCGCAUGGAGCCCUCCCCGAGUGGGUCCCCUGGGGCGCAUGGGGAUCGCCUGCCUGGAUUGGACCAGGGGCCCCUCUAGUGCGGUCUCCAGCAGGGCCCGGACCCAGCCACUGCCGAGGAAGGGGCAAGCCGUCCUGCGGGGGGGGAGGGGUCUCUCCUGCUGGCUAGGGCCUGGCCAGUCUGUACGGCAGGGGCCGCUUUGCCCUUCUCAGGUAACUAGAUGGUCUCUUGUUCUUGCUGCAUUGAAUGUCCAGUCCCUUUUAACGCCUACACCUCAAUCUCUUGUGGCAGUGAGUUCCACAGGCUCGUUAUGGGGAAGGGGGAGAUUUCCUUCCUCUGAUGCACCAGCUAUGGGCCUGCGCUGGUAGGUGCAGGGGCGUGGAGUGAGUCGCUGCUGUAGAAACCAGGAGUGCUAAGGCCCCAGGUGUGAGUGGCUGGAGCGCAGGGGUUUCUAGCCGCCCCGAGUUACUGGAGUCGCGUUCCCCUCUCAGCAGCACCCCCGGCUGUGUCCCCCGACCCCUCAGUGCCAGGUUGGGGUCCCCCCACUCACUAGCCCAGCCCUGCCUGCUCGCCAGCGGGGCCGUUCCUCUCCACUGGUGCUGGGGGGCAGACCCCAUGAGCUGAUCCCAGCUGGGUCCCGGAGCUGCUCCUGCCCCUUGUCUUUUGUGUUUGGGUUGGGGUUGCCCUUGGCUCCCGGUCCCGCUGCCUCCCCUGGCCGUGUGCCCCUCGCCUGGCUCUCUCCAAUGGUGCUAUGGCCGUGGACAGCCCCACUCCCCUUUCUCGCCUUCCGGUUGGGUUUUUUAUUCAAUGACGCCCCCCUCCUACUUUGUUUUAUUUAUAUAAGUUAUUGUGAAUCCAGCUGUUUAUUGUCUGCCUUGGUCUCCCUUCAAACUGCCAAUAAAAGGUUAAGAGCG